AUGCUCGCGACUCCUGCGCCCGCCAGCGCCUUGUCUGGGGGCCACACGGACCUGGGGCGGCGGGCAGAGGCGGGCGCUGCCACCGACGGGGAGGUGACGCCCCUCUCCCGGCACGCCCGGCCACCGGCCUCCGGGUGGGCGGCCCUGAGGCUUGAGCUCAGUGACAACGGCUCGUGCGCACAGAGCACGAUCGCAAAGAGCACGCGGAGCCGCGGCCGCGCCGGGAGCCUCCGCGACGGCAGGGUGCCCGCCUGCAGCCUAGGGCUGAAGGCGCCGCAGGAGCGCGAGGCCGUGCGCGUGCUGCUGCACUGCUGCCUGCAGGAGCGGGCCGCCAACCCCUUCUACGCCUUCCUGGCGGGCAGGCUCUGCGCGCACCACCGCAGGUUCCAGAUGACUUUCCAGUUCAGCAUUUGGGACAAACUGCGGGAAUUAGAGCGCUUGCCCGCCACCGGCCUGGCCAACCUGGCCCACCUGGUGGCCCACCUGCUGAAGACGAGGGCCCUCCCGCUCUCCGUCUUGAAGGUAGUUGAGUUCAGCGAACUGGACAAACCCAGGGUCCACUUUUUACAAAAAGUGCUGCAUCAGCUCUUAAUGGAAACCGAGGCCGAGGACCUCGCCUUGGUCUUCGCCAGGGUGGCCGACAGCCCCAAGCUGGGCCUGUUCCGCGAGGGCCUGAAGCUCUUCAUCAGCCACUUCCUGCCGAGGCGCGCGCAGCACCUGAGCGCCGAGGCCGCGGGCCAGCUCCCCGGGAUCUGCGGCGGCUUCCGUGUGCCAGCUGCUUUGCCGGCGCAGUUGACUGUGGCCUGCUGGGGACACGCGGUCGUCUCCAGCCACGGCUCGGGCCGGACCCCUGAGGGGGACCGGGCCGGGGACAGCAGGCCGCUCCCCGGCCGCUGCGCGCAUUUAGGUUGUGUGGACAAGUGUGCGGGAGAAGGCUGGCCCCGGGAGCUGGCGCUGGGCACAGGCAGGCCCCUUGGGCACGGGGAAGCGUGCAGCCCAGCCCCUGGGAGGCGAGCCGAGGCGGCCGUGGACCCCGAGAAGGCGCAGGAGCUCGAGCGGCUGAAGAGACGCGUCAAAGGCCUGAUCAACAGGUACGAGGACGGGGAGUGA